AUACAAUCUUUUUUUUAAGGCCCAAAAUAAUGACCUCAAAAGAUUAAACGUUUCUCCUUUCUCUGUUUGAAGCCCAAACACUCACUGAAACGCAGCUCUUGAUAGAUCUUUGCUCGAAUCAAAGCUUAAAAUUGAAGCUAAAGUAGUCAAAUUUGAUUUAUGCUCUUCGAUCUUCUCAGCUUAUCUUUUAGUAGUCAAAUUGCAUGCUAUUAUCAAUUAUAUACAAGUUCUACAAAAAACAGGAAAAAUGCUCCUGAAAAUAGAUUAGACCCGGGUUGGGAACAUGCAACUGAGGUGGAUAAAGCUGCUAAGAAAGUGUGGUGUAAUUAUUAUGGUAUUGUGCGAUCUGGUGGUAUCUUCAGGCUAAAACAUCACAUACCUGGCACUCACUCUAAUGUUGAAGCUUGUUUCCAAGUCCCUGAUGAGGUUAAACAAAAAAUUAGAGCUAUUUUACAUCAAAAUGAACUAGAAUCAGCAAAGAAGAAAAGGAAAUAUACUGAUAUUGGUGAUGAUGAUGAGUACAAUCAUGGUGAUCUUGAUGGGUAUGUAACGGUAACGGGAACGGGAACGGGAACGGGAAUAGGAACAGAAACAUCCGGAACAGAGAGCUUUGAUGAUGCCAAUGAUAAGAAUUUUGGUUAUAUUGAAGAGUAGUAGUUGUUAGUUUGUUGAUUAUUCAGUUUUUUUAGUUUUUAUGUUGUGAACUAUGUUUUUCUUAUACUAUUUGUACUAUGUACGCUUUAAAAUAUUUGUAAAAUCAUCUAAAUUAUGUAACAACGAUCAUAUAUGAGCAAAAGUGUGUUUUCUAACAA